AUGUCCCUGCAACGCUCCCAGUGUCACCUCGGUCCUUGCGGGUCCCUGCACCCCCUGGCAGAGGGGACAGUCCCCAAGGGGUCCCGUAAACACCCCACAUACCCAGCCAAGGGGCUCAGGACACCCUGGGGAGUGGGGACAUGUCCCAAAGGGACCAGAUGUGACACACUCAGGACCCCCCUGCUCCAAGUGUGUCCCCCCCCCAAUAAAACUGUCACUCUGUGGGUUGCGGCCAAGCGUUUCCGGAGGGGGGAACAGAGCCCUGGGGCGGGUCCUUGGGCUGGGAUAAAAGGGGCCAGCGUGACCCGGGGGGUGACAAGGAUGGCGGGGUGCUGGGUGCUGGUGCUGGCGCUGCUGGGGGGGGCCUGCGCCCUCCCGGCCCCCCUGGCCUACACCCAGGCGCUGGCUCAGGCUGUCGACUCCUACAACCAGCGCCCCGAGGUGCCCAACGCCUUCCGGCUGCUCAGCGCCGACCCCGAGCCCGCCCCGGACGUCCAGCUCAGCUCCCUGCGGCGCCUGAACUUCACCAUCAUGGAGACGCGCUGCCCGGCGCGCUCGCCCGCCCAGCUCGACAACUGCGACUUCAAGGAGGAUGGGCUCAUCAAGGACUGUUCGGCGCCCGUGCCCCAGCGUGGUGGCCUCGUCCUCGAUGUCACCUGCGUCAACUCCACCGUGGAUCCUGUGCGUGUCAAGCGCUUCUGGCCCCUGGUGCCCGUGGCCAUCAACACGGUGGCCGCUGGCAUCAACCUCUACAAGGCCAUCAAGAGGAAAUGAACCACUGUCUUGGGGACCCCCCUGUGACACCCCCGCCCCCCCAAAUAAAGCUGCUUCCCG